UAAAAUCCCAAAAAUUGAAGAGAGGAAGAGCUUCGUCUCUGAGCUCGAUAAUGGCGUUGAGAAGAGCGGGAGGGAAGCUUUUGAUUCCAAAGAGAGCUUUUUCCAGUUCACUUGAGGCCAUUGAGAAGCCCCAGAAAGAUGGAAAGACGCUCAACCUCUUCUCUGCGAUCAAUCAGGCUUUGCACAUCGCCCUUGACACCGAUCCCCGUGCUUAUGUGUUUGGAGAAGAUAUAGGGUUUGGUGGUGUGUUUCGCUGCACAACCGGUUUGGCUGAUCGUUUUGGUAGAAAUAGAGUUUUUAACACUCCAUUAUGUGAACAGGGGAUUGCUGGUUUUGCUAUUGGCUUGGCAGCUAUGGGCAAUCGUGCUAUUGCUGAAAUUCAGUUUGCAGAUUAUAUCUUUCCUGCUUUUGACCAGAUUGUAAAUGAAGCCGCAAAAUUCAGAUAUCGGAGUGGGAACCAAUUUAAUUGUGGAGGUUUGACAAUAAGAACUCCUUAUGGAGCUGUAGGACACGGCGGUCAUUACCACUCACAAUCACCAGAAUCCUUCUUCUGCCAUGUACCUGGUCUUAAGGUAGUGAUACCUCGUAGCCCACGGCAAGCUAAGGGAUUAUUAUUGGCAUGCAUCCGUGAUCCAAACCCAGUUGUGUUCUUUGAGCCAAAGUGGUUGUAUAGAUUGUCUGUAGAAGAAGUUCCCGAAGAGGAUUACAUGUUGCCUCUUUCUCAGGCAGAGGUGAUUCGUCAAGGAAAUGACAUAACUAUUGUUGGGUGGGGAGCUCAGCUCCAGAUUCUGGAACAAGCAUGCGAUGCCGCUGCCAAGGAGGGAAUUUCAUGUGAGCUGAUCGAUUUAAGGACUUUGAUACCCUGGGAUAAGGAAACAGUCGAAGCUUCGGUUAGCAAGACCGGAAGGCUUCUUGUUAGCCAUGAAGCUCCAGUGACUGGAGGGUUCGGUGCUGAAAUCUCGGCUUCAAUCGUUGAACGCUGCUUUUUGAGGUUGGAAGCUCCGGUGACCAGAGUCUGCGGUCUCGACACUCCAUUCCCGCUUGUUUACGAGCCGUUUUAUAUGCCGACAAAGAACAAGGUCUUGGAUGCCAUUAAAGCAACAGUAAAUUACUGAUGGGAAUCAAACCACCAACCAAUUCCGGUCAUGAAAUAAUUUACUGUAACAUACUGCAAUGUCCCUGCAAGAGAUAAGUUGAAAAUUUAUGGUAAUUCUUGACUUUUAACUUAAUGCAUGGGCAACAAUAAAGCAUUUUGAAUGCCCAUCCAGCUGCUGUUUUGCAGUUACA